AUGAAGCGCGUUGGAGUGGACAUCAUCGACAUCGGUGGGGAGUCCAGUCGCCGCGGGGACGAGCCCGUGACACUGAAGGAGGAGAUGCUACGUGUGCUCAUCUCGGCUGGAUUGAACGACCAAAACAUGCUUGCUAUUGUCGCCAAGCUGCGUGUUCCGGUGGUGCUAAUGCACAUGCGCGGCACACCGCAGACGACGGCUGGGAUCAACGAGUACGACGACGUGGUCGCUGAAGUGGGGAAGUGUUGA